CAGUUAGUACUCAGAGGAUCUUUGAAGAAGGUAGAGAUUAAGGAAUCCUCUGCCUCCAGCUUUGCUUCUGUUUACAUUACUGAUUUUACAGAGCAUGUAAUUUUCGCCUUCUUGCAAAGGAAUAUUAUCUAUACUACGAAUUUGACAGCCUGCCUCAAUUCUCAGCCAGAAUGCUAGCAGAAAGCAUCCUCAUCAAUGUUGCCUACCAAGAGGAAUGGCGAAACAAGUCCCACCAGUCCCAGGCACUAAGAGAAGUUGGAGAAGACCCCUGGCAAAAGCAGUUUAAAGAUACAGAUGCAAACGGAGACUUUUGCACAGAAUUCAAGAAGCAGUCUGCUGAGAAGGUGGCAUUGAUGUGCUGCGACAAGGAAAGAGGCCAAGAGGUUCCCCAGCAGAAUUCUCUACAAAAGCCACCUGCAAAAGGAUGCAACAAUAUCCCCCAGUCAACUCCUCAGUGCAUACCAAGACAGGAGCAACACUGUGAAAAUGAGCUGGAUUUGUAUAGAUCUUGGUCAUGCGAAAGCCUUUACCAGAAUUAUCCUGAUCUGCAUAUUGGAGGAGAUCACAUAGCUGACCAUACAUGUGAUUCAGGUUGCAUCAUGGACCAAACCUAUGAUGGAUCGUCUGCUGGCCCUGUUUUGUUCUCAAACGAUAUCCCAUUAGGACAUUCCCCUCUAACUGAACCUGUGUUGAAAUUCAAGUCUGUCAAGUUCUGGCAUGGAGAAGACAUUGGGGAGAAAAGCAUGACUUUCCACAAGCAGCCUCUUUCAAACUCCUUACUCAACAACUACAUGGAGGCAAAAGUCCAGGAACUCUAUAAGCAGUUUUUGGAAGAAAAGCUGACCAGGUGCAGUUCUCUAACUCACUUCCUGACAUCAAAUAUGCUGGUGAAUAACAUCAGUGAGGUGAACCUCCAGCUGCCUCAUGAAAAACAUGGUGAAGCAUCCAAAGCAACACAAACUCUCUUCCAAUCCUUAGCUCGGCUUGGUUUGCAAAACACUGGCAGUGGAAACAGCAGUGAAUUUAGCACUCCAAAUUUACAAAUAUCAACACCACAUUGCAGAAGGAAGCCCUCUGUGGUGUAGUACCGGUAUGCAUCAUGACAGAAAUACAUGGUAGAACUGUUGAUUUGUAAAUACCGUUUGGUUUAAACAAAUUAGCCUUUAAGGUAGCAGAGGGCUCUUGCAACAAAACCAGCAACAGGCUGACAAUCACUGCCUGUUUGGUGCUGAAUCUCCAACCAUUUGUACCCUGGCCAUUGAAGAUGAGCUUGUGAUACAUGCAGAAACUAGUUACACUACUGGAGUUUUCAAACAAAACAUAUUAAAACCUCUGCUUAGCCUAUUAAUGGUUGAUUGUGAGCUGCUAUGGAAUUUCAGUGCUAUUAAACAUCUGCUUUAUACCAUUUAUUGUUAUCCAACUGAGGUUUCUUAUAAAACCCAAUAGGUUGAAAUGGCACAAAAUCCAGCUUCUAACAUUCUGUUUUCAUGUUGCUUCUGUCUAUGAUAGUGAUUUAUAAAGGGCCCCUCCAGACAUCCUUUUUUUGCCCUUUCAAGAUGGUACCAGGGCAGUUAUGUUUAACCCUACUUUCAAUAUUGUUAGUGCCUGCAAAAGUUUUUGGGAGGACAUACUGCUUUGUUUCCAACUGGUGCAUAUCUUCUAAC